AUCAAGCACCCAUUCCCAAACCAGCUCAGGAUCCAUACCAGACGCAGCCAAGUCAGUCCAAUUUCCCACUUAUCACUAGUAACUACAUCACGUCCUCACACCCCAUUGAAGCGUAUACACUCCACUGACUCCCACCAUGUCUUCCCAUCCCACCUCCAGCCCCCGCAUCCGCGUCGCCCUAAUCGGCCUCUCCUCCUCGGCCAAAACAGCCUGGGCUUCGCGCGCCCACCUCCCCUACCUGCUCUCCCCGCGCGGCUCCUCCAAAUACGAGAUUGUCGCCCUCCUCAACUCGUCCGUCUCGGCCGCGCAGGACGCCAUCAGGGCCUACGAUCUGCCGGCCUCGACGCGCGCCUACGGCGAUCCGGCCGCGCUGGCGGCGGACCGGGACGUCGAUCUUGUCGUGUGCAAUACGCGCGUGGAUAAGCAUUUUGAGACGGUCGUGGAUAGUGUCAAGAAUGGGAAGGAUGUCUAUGUGGAAUGGCCUCUGGCGCAGGAUGCAAAGCAUGCGAGGGAGUUGGUGGGGUUGAGUCGGGAGGCCGGCGGCAGGUCGGUGGUUGGGUUGCAGGGGGUGGUGGCGCCUGUUGUGUUGAAGUUGAGAGGCUUGUUGGAGGAGGGCCGAAUUGGGAAGGUACUGAGUUCGGAGUUGAGGGUGUUUGGCGGGCUCGGUGAUCGGGCUACUGUGCCUGAGGGGUUGGCGUAUUUCACGCAAAGGGAGGUUGGGGGGAAUGUUUACACUAUUGGCUUUGCUCAUGUCUUCGACAUGGUCCAGCGGGUUCUGGGGGAGCUCGCCUCGGUCAAGGGCGACUUCCACCUGCAGCGGCCCGAGGUGAAGAUCACGGAUCCGAGUGCCGGCGCGGUCAAGACGGUCCGGUCCAACGUUCCGGACUUGAUCUUGGUCUCGGGCAAGUGGAACGAGUCGGCCAUCACGCAGCAGAACGCCACGCUGCACUACCGCUUCCGCCGCGGCCAGCCCUUCCCCGGCGAGGCGGCCCUGGAGUGGACCAUCCAUGGCGAAAAGGGCGAGAUUAGGAUCGUCUCUCCGCAGAAUACCUUCAUCCAGGUCGGGGAUGACACGUCGCCGCGCAUCAUCGAGGUGCAUGACUUUGCGACGGACAAGGUAGACAAGGUCGAGUGGGAUUGGGAGGAAUGGCAAAAGGACCUGCCUGUCCAAGCUCGGGGUAUCGGCGCUCUGUAUGAUGCCUUUGCCGAGGCCAAGGCGGCUGGGGCCAAGAAAGCCUAUGUCACAUUUGAUCUGGCGGCCAAGAGACAUGAGCAACUGGAGGAGUUGCUCUCCAAGUGGCAGGCUUGAUGGAGACAUUGUAUGUGUCUGAAUGACUUCUGGAUGUUGUCUCGAAAACAAGUCUGCGAGUCUCACUUAUAUGUGGAAGCCUGCGCUUGAAACAGCGUCUGAAUAGCUCUUGGGUAUCUAGCGGUUAUGACGCGACCGAAUUUCUAUGACCACUCCCCUUUGAUGUGGAAUCCCCCUUGGGCCGGGAACCGAAGAGACUCCUACUUCU